GUGUGUAUGAUCAGUGUUUGUAUGAUCAUAGUGUGUCUGAUUAGAAUGUGUAUGAUCAGUGUUUGUAUGAUCAUAUUGUGUAAGAACAGUGUUUGUAUGACCAGGGUUUGUAUGAUCAAAGUGUGAAAGAACAGUGUUUGUAUGAUCAUAUUGUGUAAGAACAGUGUUUGUAUGAUCAUAGUGUGUAAGAACAGUGUGUGUAUGAUCAUAUUGUGUAAGAACAGUGUGUGUAUGAUCAGUGUUUGUAUGAUCAGAGUUUGUGUAGGAGUCUGCAACAGAAAACAGUAGAAGAAGAAACAGGGCGUCUGUCGUGUGUCGACGUUAAUUCCUCUGGAUCAGGAAGCUCCUGUCAACUCUGCCACAGAUAGUGCACACAAACACUGAGGCAUCACUCCCACCCUUUUUUCGUGGCUCGUUCUGAUACUACACAUCAGUGGUAAUAUUGUUAUAUGAAAAGAGACACUAACUGUUUUCUAUACAAGAAAUGAAAAAAAUCCAAACAGUUUCCAAAUCCAUCCAAUUAUUUAGGGCCCGAUCACUGACAGGCGCUGACAGACAGUUGAAAUUGUAGGGAUUAUUAUUUAAUUUUUUCAGGCAAAUUAAUUGGCUUUUUGAGGACUUUAACAGGCUCAAGGUCUUACCAAAGUUUGCAGAAAAUUAGAAAGUGUAUUCUGGAGGAAUUUCCAAUGAGAAUGGCAAAAUGGCUGAACGGUUUUUGUUUAUUUUGUUAUUCUUUUUUUUAACUUAAUAAAUGUUAUGUUAAAUUUUGAUUAUCAUCAAGGGUUGGUGAUUUGUAUCUUUUCCAUAAACUCAGGAGCAGCAGCAGAAGCGGUUCACACGCUAACUGGGUAGUGAUCCCUCUCUCCGGUGUAGACGAUCUCUCUGUGUGUGUAGUACGUACACUGGCUGCUCUGCUCGGAUCUGACCGGAGCAGCUACCGGGCGACUCUCUCGUGUCUUCACCUCGGACCGCUGCGUCUCUCACGGUCGAGUCCGGUUCGUCGUCGGGGAAUCUGAGACCUCCAGCGUCCCGUUGUCUGUGGUCGCGACACCGGCAGCUGCUAAGCUCAGAGGCUCGCUGGCUAACGGAGCGGCGGCAGAGAGGAGGCAGCAGGUCGGACCGAGGCGCAGGGGACGUUAGCAAACAAGCUAAUUAGCCAGAAGGACCGAGCCUGGAUUAUUGUCAUUAAUCAGAGAGGAACCGAGCGAGUCCGCGGAGAGCCUCACUGCGGCAGCAACAUGAAGAUCACGGUGGAAUUCGAGGAGUGUUUGAAGGACUCCCCGCGGUUCAGAGCCACCAUAGAGGAAGUAGAGGGGGAUGUGUGUGAGUUGGAAUCCAAGCUGGACAAAUUGGUGAAGUUGUGUAUUGGGAUGAUCGAUGCUGGGAAAGCCUACAACGCAGCCAACAAGCAGUUUGUCAAUGGGAUCCGAGAAUUAGCCCAGUCGUCCACCAGAGAUGAGGUUAUCGAGUCCAGUCUGACAAAGUUUGCAGAGAGCCUGCAGGAGAUGAUCAACUAUCACACGAUAUUAUUUGAUCAAGCCCAGAGAUCAAUCAAGACCCAGCUUCAAACGUUUGUCAAAGAUGACCUGCGUAAGUUUAAAGAAGCCAAGAAGCAGUUUGAUAAAGUUAGCGAUGAAAAGGAGGCAGCGCUGAUAAAGAACGCCCAGGCGCCCCGCAACAAGCAGCAUGAGGUGGAGGAGGCCACCAACAUCCUCACUGCCACACGCAAGUGUUUCCGACACAUCGUGCUCGACUACGUCUUACAGAUCAAUGUGCUGCAAUCCAAAAGAAGAUCAGAAAUCCUGAAAUCAAUGCUGUCCUUCAUGUACGCCCACUUGACCUUCUUUCACCAAGGAUAUGACCUCUUCAGUGAACUACAACCUCUUAUGAAGCACCUUGGAGGACAGUUGGACCAGCUGGUGGUGGAUGCUGCCAAAGAGAAGAGAGACAUGGAGCAGAAACACUCCACCAUCCAGCAAAAGGAUUUCUCGAAUGAUGACACCAAGCUGGAAUACAAUGUGGACGCAGACAAUGGCAUCGCCAUGGAGGGUUAUCUUUUUAAGAGGGCCAGCAAUGCCUUCAAGACAUGGAAUAGGCGUUGGUUCUCCAUCCAAAACAAUCAGCUGGUUUACCAGAAGAAAUUUAAGGACAACCCAACAGUGGUGGUAGAGGACCUCCGGCUAUGUACUGUCAAACACUGUGAAGACAUAGAGCGUCGCUUCUGUUUCGAAGUGGUGUCACCCACCAAGAGCUGUAUGAUGCAGGCCGACUCAGAGAAGCUGCGACAGGCCUGGAUCAAAGCUGUCCAGAACAGCAUCGCCACUGCCUUCCGCGACAAGGGAGAUGAAGGCGAGAAGCUGGACAGGAAAUCGUCCACAUCGACAGGGAGCCUUGACUCUGGUGGGGAGCCAAAGGAGCGGUCGCUGAAAGGAGAGAGUGCCCUGCAGAAGGUCCUGGCCAUCCCGGGAAACACCUGCUGCUGUGACUGUGGCCAGCCUGACCCUCGCUGGGCCAGCAUCAAUCUGGGCAUCACCCUGUGCAUACAGUGCUCUGGUAUUCACAGGAGUCUUGGAGUUCAUCUCUCUAAAGUCCGGUCUCUGACUUUGGACACGUGGGAACCUGAACUUCUUAAGUUGAUGUGUGAAUUGGGAAACGGAGUGAUUAACCAGAUCUAUGAAGCCCGGCGAGAGGAGCUAGGAGCCAGAAAACCACAGCCAGGAGACCCGAGACAUGAGGUUGAGGCCUACAUCAAAGCAAAAUACGUGGACCGUCGGUUUGUGCGCCGCCCGUCGGACGAGGAGCUUCGCAACAAAGUGGUCUCUCUGAGCAAACAGGAGAAGAGGCUGAGCACCAGCUCCGAGCACCUGCCCCCCCGGCCACCUCCACCUACCCCCAAACUCCGACCGGCUUCAAACUCCUCUGGACAAACAGCUGCUGCCAGCGGUUCGGAGGCCCGCCGUGACUCUCUCUUCUGUCCUGACGAGCUUCACUCGCUCUUCUCCUACUUUGACAACUCUGCCAAGCUCAGGAGCAUUAAAAGUGCAGACAGCGGCAUCCAAAACAGUUCAGAUGGAAGCAGGGAAAUGCUGGCCAACACUCCGUCCAAUAACAGCCUGACAGAUGCAGAUGCUGCUGAGUCUCCGCCCAUGGCCAUGCCUGACAAGCUGCCUCCUCCGUCACCCUGUAAAGAGAUGGUGUUCUAUGAACCCAAGGAGUACAGCCAAGGUCUGCAGCUGUACUGGGCUUCAUGUGCCCGCAGUCUGCCGGACAUGGCGGAAGCACUGGCCCACGGAGCCGAAGUAAACUGGGUCAAUACUGAGGAAGACAAGAGGACGCCGCUUAUCAUGGCAGUGCAGGGGGGGUCACUGGUCACCUGUGAGUUUUUGCUUCAAAAUGCAGCGAGUGUGAACCAGCAGGACGCUCAGGGCCGGGCUCCCCUGCACCACGCCACCAUGCUGGGACACACAGGACAAGUGUGUUUGUUCCUAAAAAGAGGAGCGAAUCAAAACGCUGCAGACAUUGACGAGAAAACCCCACUGACCAUAGCGGUGGAUGCGGCCAACGCAGACAUUGUUACACUGCUGCGACUGGCGAAGAUGAACGAGGAGAUGCGAGAGGCGGAGGGGCCCUACAGCCAGUCAGGUGAUGAAACCUACCAGGACAUUUUCCAGGACUUCACCCAAAUGGCCUCCAACGACCCGGACAAGCUGAAGCGCUACCAGCAGUACGACCCGCAGUGACCCUGACGCUGCAGAACCUCCGUCCAGGAGCACCUGGAGAAACUCGGCCUCUAAACCCCCGCCCCGGCCUGGAAGGUCGCCUGCUUAUUACUCCUCCCAUCAUUCAGAAACAUCUGCCUUAAAGCCGGUUAGUGCCGCCGCAGCUGGACACGUCGGCACGUCUCACAUGGCUGACGCUCUUUCAUCACAAUAAUCUGACGGGUUGCUGUGAUCACAUCACUGAAGAGAUGGGGAAAACCUCCCUGUUGUUAAACUGUGCUUCUCAGUAGAGGACCUAUUACAACAAGUGAAUGGUACAAGUGUUAAAGCCUUUGAAAGGAUCGGCAGUAAUUAAAGAAACAUGUUUUAACUCUGUCUGAAUGUAGAGCGCCGACGAGGCUCAGUUUAAUCCCUCCUCUCACACUUCCUGUCACACUUCAUCCAGGCAUCUUUGUUUAUAUCAAACUUUUCUUUUAUGAACUCAGCUGUGUAUCCACGGCAACACGCUUCCACCUAUUUGCACAAAUCCCUUUGUCUUAAAACGCCAGCGAUGUUUACCAGUUUGACAUGUUGUAAAAUGUACAGUGAUUAUAGAAGUAAACAUUUUAUUGAUUUAUUUUAAUGAUAAAUAGAAGUUGUUUUUUUUAAUGGUUUUUAUUUUUCAACAUUUCUUUCUGAAUGAUUUCAAUUUCUGUCUCGUUGUCAGAAGCUGUUUUAUCUUUAUCUGUAAAUUUUAAUGCAGACAUUUGAUUCCCAUUGAUUUUAGAAAGCUGAUUUUUUUAAUUUUUUACAGGUUCAUAAUUUUAUAAUAAUUACAGCAAAUGUAGGAUUUUUGUUGAAAGAACAACUUCAUCUAAACUAAAAUAAAUGUAAUUGAGUGAAGUAAUGAUUCAAAAUUUUAUAAUUUCAACAAAAAUUUAUAAAGAAAGUUAUCCUACGAUCUGGCUUGUAGAUGCAUUUGUGAUAAAUGCAAAUAUUUUGUUAACAAGUAACCUUGUGUAACUGUUAAACUAUGUUCGCAUUUUAUUUUGAAGUAGCAUCAGUAGGAAGUGUUACCGUGAUGCUGGAGAACAUAUUCCAUCAUUUUAGGAGAAGUUUGUAAACCCUGUUGCCAACAGUUUAAAUGAAUAUACAUCAAGAUAAUACUGGAUAUUAGUACACUUUAAAAAAAAACUUUCCAUAACACCAACUGACAAUAUACAAUAUGUCAAGUAACUGUACAAUGUUGUGUAGUAACAGUUCCCAUAAUGAGCACAUGGACACUUUGGUGACUGGAGAAAACAAACUCUACACUCGGAGGAGAACCAGUUGCACCAAAAGAUGUUUUUCCCUGAUGAGUGAAUCAGAAUAAAUCAUCCUUUCAUUUGUUUUGUUUAUGAAUCGAGCAAAUUACUAUUAGGGAUUAUUAGGAAAUUAUGAACCUGUAAUCAGCAAUAAAGAAUCACAGAGAAACCUGAUGUUUUAAAGCCACAUUGUGUGAUUUCAUGUGUUGAGCUGAAUUUACAUUUAAGACAUGUUCAGACGCCUUCUCCCAAAAUGUUUAGACUCAGAAAUAAAUUCUGUAAAUGUCAUAAUAGAUGCUCUGCUCUGUAAUUUAGGACUUUUAGUUUUUUCUUGGUCUGCCUCUAUUGAAACUGUUCAAUCUUUAAACAUUGAUAGUUUAUGGCAGGAUGUGACGUCAGUUCCUGAGGAAAUCUUUGUCCAAUGACGCAACAUGGGAUACAACUCUUGUACAUUUUGUACAGAUGCUUUUGAAUUCUGCAGUGAACUGAAGUAUAAAGUUAGAGGUACUUGAAUCAUUCAAAUAAGAUAUUGUAUAUGCUGUUCUUUGUAUCCUUCAGUCAUUUAGCCCAUUUUAUAUUGCCUGUCUGUAAACCAUUAUACAUGAACUGUGUAUUCUACCUGUAAUAUGUAAGAACUUCAAUACAUAGACUGAGGAUUCUCCAAUGAA